ACGGCUCCUCUGUUCUCAGUCAGCAGAAUGGCAUUUGCAGGGAAAUACCAGCUUGAGACUCAGACGAACUAUGAAGAGUUUUUGGAAGCAAUUGGGCUUCAGUCGGCUAAGACAGAGCACAAAGUCGUGACUGAGGUGGUUCAGGAUGGCGACAACUUCACCUGGACACAAAGCAUCCCUGGCUGGACCUGGACCACCAGUUUCACAUUGGGUCAGGAGUGCGAGAUGGAGUCGAUGAAAGGUGUCAAAUUUACGGGCACUGCAAAAAUGAAUGAUGGGAAGUUGUCUCUGAAGUUUCCAGAAUAUUUCUUCACCGCAGAGAUUGUUAAUGAAAAACUAGAAAUGACUUGUGUAACUCCAGGAGAAAAGAGUGUGACUUUUAAGAGAGUGAGUGGGAGGAUCUAGCUCUGCGGGACCCAACAUGUCUCCUUGGGGAGACGAACGACAGACAACGGUUGCUCCGGCGUCUCAAAGCAAGAGAACGAAAGUUACGACAUUAAACCACGCCACAAGCAGACUGUCAGCAUCACUCAAAUGAGUCGGUCAUGAGUUUUGAGGUUUGAUUUUUGCAGAACUGAUGAAAUUACAGAAUGUAUUGUGUGAAUUUCUCCACUUUAACAGGACAUGCAUUGAAACUAAGAAAAAUCCAUAACAUGUUAAUUAUCAAUUUUCCCCAAACUAAUCCUUACUUCUGACAUAAUUAUAAUGUUUUAGCGUGAUGCUAAUGUUUCUGUUGUAUACCUAUUUUACGUAUACAUGCCUGACAAACUGCGAAGAGUUCUUCAGGGAAACAUCUCAAUUGAUCUCUUUCCAUUUGUCAGCAGGAUGCAGCAGAAUGGGAUCACAGCAAUUAUAUAUCCAGUAAUUGAACAGUUUGCCAUUGUGCAAAAUUUGUAUUGAUGGUGAUGUGUCAUUUCAUUAAAAAUGAAGUAAAUUAAAGAAUUAUCAAAGGA